AUGGACCGCUUAAAAACCAACGAGACCAAUCCGCGCGGGAUUCCGCAGGCCAAGUUCAUCGAGAAGAUCGAGGACUUCAUUGACCCUAAAACAUGCACCGACGACGACGUCUCGGUGUUUUUAAAAGAGCUACAGGUCAGACUCCAGCAGUACCAGUUCAUGGAGGAGAGCAAGCGCAACACGCUCAACAAUCUCAACACAAAGAUCCCAGACAUAAAGAAAACGCUAGACAUGUGCAGGUUUCUCAAAAGUCGCAAGGAGCACGACGAAGAGACCAUUGACGUAAACUACGAGCUCAACGACACCGUCUACUCUACAGCCGAAAUCAACGUGAAAGAGCUGGAUUCUGUUUCGCUGUGGCUCGGAGCAGAUAUCAUGAUGGAGUAUCCUAUUGACGAGGCUAUUGAAAUGCUGGAAAAACGGCUUCAGGCCGCGCUCGAUAACAAGGCCGUCACCAUGGAAGACCUGGAGUAUUUGCGCUCAAACAUCACCACAAUGGAGGUCAACACGGCACGGGUAUACAACUGGGACGUGCAGCGGCGCAAGGCUCUGAAGGCGGCGGAAACUACCUCCUGAACGUGUCGAGGAUCUGUGCGCCGAGCGUUCGCACUGGCGUGUCUUCUCUGUCGUCGGACAACUCAAGCGAGUAUUCGUCUUCUGUACGGUCUGUGUUGUUGACCAGGUCUCGGAUGCGGCUAUCGAGCGGGCGGUGCUGGGCUUUGGAGGCGAGUUUGGUGUAUACGAGCUCCAGGACUUUCAAUCUGGAAUUGAGGCCUGGCAGGAACCCGUUGAAGAGAAGCGACCCGAUAAAAUAACCGACAAAGCUGGGAAUCACCGAAUUAAUAAGGCCCUCGCUUAGGAGCAACUGCAGAGCCACCAGCGACGUGAGGAAGUCAUUAGUGAACACCAGCUUGAAGUCCUCGUUCGACUCGCGCAGCUUGAUCAGGCCCCCGAAAUUCAGCUCAAACUUGUAUAGCACAGGAGUAAACUUCCAAUGAGCAUAUAGUAGGCCGAAUAGGAUACCAAACGGGCCGGCAGGCACAAAUAAGUUGAUGCCGAUAAAGGUGUAGAGUGUCCAUGUGAAAACUGCAAUGGCCGCAAUGUUGUACAUGUAGAGAAAUAGGACGAUUCUUAGGAACUUCAGACUCCCGAAAACCCGCUCCAAGUUCUUCAAACUGAGAACCAUCAAGGUGACACACAAAAUGACCUGCGACUCGUUCUGGAACUGCAUUUGGAACAGGGCAAACCGCCAGUAUUGGCGCCAUUUGCUGAUAAACGGGUCGUAGCUCAGCACAAACAGGGGUUUCCACUCAAAGAUCGACACGACAAGCGGAACGGCAAUGAACACCGACGUCAACGCCGAGCUGAUCGGCAGAUGGACAAACCCUGUGGGGAGCG